AUGUUUGUCCCCAAAACAGCAGCCGCAUCGCGCAACCCUCGCAGACGCCAAAGAAGCUCCGAUGACUCCACGAAACCGCCCAAACCCAAGAGGCAACGCUCGGUGUUGCGUCAAUCGGGAGAUGCUCAAGUCGCAAGCUUGAACCAUGAGCUGCGUGAGCUGGCGGAGACUACAAUUUCGGUCGGACCCCCCGACCUUGACACGGUCACGACUCCCAUUGGUAUCGAGGCGCAACUACCUAUUCGAGGCGCAAAACCGGCGGAAGAGACUCCUCAUGAAAAUGAAGGUAGAAUAGUACUGUCCAGCACCGAUUACUACACGGUAGAACAGCUACCGGCUUUGCCAGAUCAGAUUCGGGGAUCUCUCUCCGGUGAGUUUAAACUUCAGAGGGCGAUAUUCAAUCUACCUUUGAUGCCAAUAGCUCACCUCAGACCAAUAGAGCCCCUCCGAUGUUUCUUUGCACCUACACAUCGAUACGCGCUUGCCCUGACACCUUCCCACGCGAUCAUCUGGCCCUACUCCGUAACAAAUUCAACACCAUCAACGUCGGAAACAUUCACCGUGUCAAUUCCAGAAUCCAGUCGAGAUGUCUAUGGUGCUGUUCCGCUCGGCGCUCUGAUUUCUGCUACCCCGGGAGGUCAUCCUGGGCUUCUUGUUGUCAUACCGUCCACCGGGAGAAUGAUCUACUGGGAGACUGUUUCAAGCGCAGCUUCAUUGGGACUUUCCCGACAGAAGCAAAAUGGAGUCCAAGGACAAACGCCCGGUUUGUUCUCUGGUGAGUAUGCUACGGAGAUCAUGAGCUGCGAGCCUUCUGGCAUCAUCAUUGCCUUUUCUUCGGGUCGAGUUGCCCACGUCACACUGAGAGACCCGCAGGGUAAACCUUCCGUUUUGGUGCACUUCUUGAGUACAUCCGUUGGAGGUGGUGCGGUUGGGUUCUUCGGUGGACUCAAGAGUGUGUUGAGCGGUGGUUCCUGGAGGAAAGAGGUGACGGCGGUUCGGACAGGCGCCUCACGCCAGAGGGGCCAGCGUGACGUGCUUGUUGCAACUUCGACCGGUCAGGUUGAGAUCUGGGACACUCACUGGAAUCAUGGCAAUGCACUGAAAAAGAGAUUCGAUCUGAAGGGGCCUGUCGCAGCCUCCAUCCCCCAAGACUAUGUGACAAUGCCAGGAGACACAGAUGUCAAGAUCCUCGAUUUCGCCUUGUCCGAACAACAGUCCGUCGAUGAGCCGGAUGAAUCUUGGCGGCUCUUUGUUGUCAUCAGCACUCCAGAGCUACUGGAAGCCAAGAGGUUGCUGAUCGCCCAGGUCUCCCUCUCAGGUGCUCAUAUCCGCGUGACCUCAACGCAUGCGGUCGAUAUCACGUCUUUGCCCCCUGUGGAUGGAAAUUUGAAGCCGAAGUUACACAUUCCAAGGGGAGAGAGCACUGCCUUUGUUCUUUUUGGGCAAUCUCUAGUCAUUCUUUCCUUAACGAGUACUGAGGAGUCACCUACCUCUCAGUUACUCUUGGAGUCCCACCAAAUACCUCUGCCAUUCCAAGAUGUCAUCCAUUUCCGCUCCGGAAAGGCCUACGAAAUUCUCGGACACGACGUGGAGAGCUCGCCGGACCAUGAAGGUGCUGUCGCGUGUGUCAUGAUGGUUCGGAACUUUGGUGUUGUGCGCAUUAACGUCGUGCCUCGGUUUCCAUCAGCGCUGGAAGCGGACGAGGGUCAAGUCACCGCGAAACAUAAACUCGAGCAGGCCAUCUUCUUCGGAACUAUGGCCAAGAACCCGUUGAAUUUGCUCGACAGCAGCGGUCUUAACUUCCCUGCAUCUGAAAUUGAGCAAGCAUCCCUAGAAAUCUGCAGGGAACUUCUUCAAUCGGAGACCCGCUUUAUCCCGACCUCCGCCAUAUCUAUUGAUCAAAAUCUGAGACUGAGGGCCAAGGCGCUUGGAGAUUUGGCCGCUCUCCUAUUGCGCAAAGGAAACCCGCUGAGCCGUUUGGCCCGUUGGGAAUUGCUUUGGGGCGCGGAGAAACUUGCUGCGCAACGAGCCAUGUGGAAGCUCGAGGAGUCACGUAGAGGCAAAAGUGACGAGGCGUUCCUCGGCAAUGUCAUCGAUUCAAUGAAAGACAAAUUCAAGACCUUGCCAAGCCAGUCAAAUGAAGACGUGGAUGCGCUACGUCUCUGGUUCCUAAAAGAUACAUAUCGGAUGGAGCAUGUCAUCCCUUGGAUCAAGAACGCGAUCAAACCUCGCAGAGGAACUUCCUCGAAGCAAGCGCGGAAACUUUCAGAGCAGAUUUUGGAGGCAAGUGAGCUUUUCUUGGCGAUUGUGGAGACAGCUUAUCGGUACCGGGAUGAACAUGCAUCGCUGUACGGGUUAGGGAGUGACUUCGUCGAGGAUGGUGUUCUCGCCGACGGAUACGAAAACCUCCCGAAUUCUGGACCUCUCGAUCUGUGGGUUACACCGAGGCCGGCAAUCUGCUCGAUUGGGAACUGGACAGCUGCCGAGCAUGGAUUCGACAGAAAACCUCGACGCGCGCAUCUGCGCGUUCUGGGCCAGAUGCACCGAGAGCGGACGCGCUGGCUGGGCGCACAGGAUGAUGCGAAAGCCGCAGACGAAUGUGUUGCGAUUGAACAAAGUCAUGUCAAGGAACGCAAGUGGCAACUCUUCAAACUCGCGGGCAUUGGUCACCUUCAAGAUGCCUUGAGUCUUGCAGAACGUUUUCGCGACAUGGGUGCUCUGGUCGAGCUCGUUAUUGAAUUACAGGACCAGGUGAAGGGACAGGGCUCUCCUAUCAAUGCGCAAGUAUCAACUUUCUGUCACUCGUUUCUGCGAAAGUCACAUGCCUAUUCCAAACUGAGCUGGAUCAAUGACGUGACUGGCGAGCAAAACUACGAAACUGCUGCUGUCUGCUUAGAGGGCCUGACACUGAACGGCGAGGAGGAAUUGUGGAGUCACCGGGUUCAAUUGUCCAUCGCGAAGCUCAGCAAACUCGCUUCGACAGAACAAAAGGAGUCACGGGCUUCAAUCACCUCCGUCGAGGACGAUAUUAAACGGCUGGAUGAUGCCAACGAAAUCGAUGAGAUUCAAGACUCGCUGCAUACGUAUGUGAAAUCAUUUUGUGAGGACGCGAUCGACCGGAGGGCCGCGGCUGAUCUCGCUCUGGGUUAUUUCGGCGGCCACCUUGAGGCGGAUCGACCUGCUCUGCACAAGAUCAUGGACGAUGCACUGCUCACGCUGUUUGAUCGACGCAUUCUUGGACCCGAUCGCUUGAUCGAUCUUUUGACGCUGAUGGGCCCGCUUCACCACGAAGAGGAGAUGGAGGUGGAUUUGGGAGGGCGAGAAUUUUUCCUCGCGCUUCAAACCCUUGACCACAGCCGCUACGCACAAAAGGAUCCAUCUUAUGUGUCGGCUGUGCGCAAACUCAUCUGGCGACGUUGCAUGAUCAAGGACGAUUGGGAAGCCAGGGGCAGGGCUGCCGAACAAAUGAGUGGGCCCUCGGACGAUUUUGCUAGCGACACUGCUCUAUCUCAGACCAUCGUCCGUUGCUUAGCUGCCACUUGUGAGCCCAGCGUUCAGCUAUGGAAUGUCCCUCUCGCUCCUGCCGAGGCCUUGAUGGCAGAUUCUGAAUCCGACAUUCUCGUGUCACGCUUCCGCCCGGAGCAACAGGCUCGGAUAGCCGCUGACUUGAGACGGGAAAAUGAAAUUUGCCGUCGAUACAUUGAGCACGGCAAGCUUGACUUUUGGUUUCAAAAUCUCUUGGACACAGUCAAGACAGAGAUAGUCUCACAUGGAGAUAAGGUUGAUGAGGGAGAGUCUGCAGGACUUGGAGAGCCCCUGUCUACAGACGCCAAGGCCUGA